CUUCAGAAAAUCCAGAAAUUGACGAGUUGACGAGCAAACCAGACAAAACCAACGUUCCUCUCUGUUUCUUGAACCACUUUGUCAAAAUUUGGAUUGAGAAUGAGGAAUUGCAGAUUGGGUUUUGUUUUACUUCUUUAUCUUGCUUCUGUACUGGGAAUUGGAGCUUUCAAGUUUCAUAGGAGUCAUCACACUGAGAGAAUAGAAGGUAGUGCUGGUGAUGUGUUGGAAGAUGAUCCAGUUGGAAGGCUAAAAGUUUUUGUAUAUGAGCUUCCAAGCAAAUAUAACAAGAAAAUUCUCCAGAAGGAUCAACGAUGUCUUAACCACAUGUUUGCUGCUGAGAUUUUUAUGCAUAGGUUCCUUUUAUCCAGCCCCGUUCGUACCCUUAAUCCCGAGGAAGCUGAUUGGUUUUACACUCCAGUGUACACCACUUGUGACCUCACGCCAAAUGGCCUUCCUUUACCCUUUAAGUCGCCCCGCAUGAUGAGGAGCGCUAUACAGCUUAUUGCUUCUAACUGGCCAUAUUGGAAUAGGACGGAAGGGGCUGAUCACUUCUUUAUUGUGCCACAUGAUUUUGGGGCUUGCUUUCAUUAUCAAGAGGAAAAAGCAAUUGAAAGAGGGAUUCUUAGGCUACUCCAGCGAGCAACUUUGGUGCAAACUUUUGGGCAACGAAAUCACGUUUGCUUGAAGGAAGGUUCGAUUACUAUUCCUCCUUAUGCCCCGCCACAGAAAAUGCAAUCCCACUUGAUCCCUCCGGAGACCCCACGAUCCAUCUUUGUUUACUUCCGAGGUUUGUUUUAUGAUGUUGGCAAUGACCCCGAAGGUGGCUACUAUGCGAGAGGUGCCCGAGCUGCAGUGUGGGAGAAUUUUAAGGACAAUCCUCUCUUCGACAUUUCUACCGAGCAUCCAACAACUUACUAUGAGGAUAUGCAGCGGGCUAUCUUCUGCUUGUGCCCACUCGGGUGGGCUCCGUGGAGUCCGAGAUUGGUUGAAGCAGUGAUAUUCGGUUGCAUCCCUGUUAUUAUAGCCGACGACAUCGUCUUACCUUUUGCUGAUGCAAUCCCGUGGGAAGACAUUGGGGUAUUUGUCGCGGAGGAGGAUGUACCAAAAUUGGACACAAUUCUCACUUCUAUUCGACCCGAGGAAAUCUUGAGGAAGCAAAGAUUGCUUGCAAACCCUUCAAUGAAACAGGCAAUGUUGUUCCCACAGCCCGCUCAACCCGGGGAUGCAUUCCAUCAAAUUUUGAACGGGCUUGCUCGGAAGUUGCCACAUGACCGGAGCGUUUACUUGGAACCCGGUGAAAAGGUCUUGAACUGGACCGCUGGUCCGGUGGGUGACCUGAAACCAUGGUAGAGGGAACUUUUGUACACAAUUGAAUCUUCUUAGUAUUGCCCUUGAACCUUGCAUGCUGCAUUAGAGUUGUUCAUUGUUAUUUUAAGUGUAAUUGUGGAAUAUCAAAUCUCCACAGUGAAAAAAUGUAAUCAUAUUUGAGGCUGUAAGGUUUGUUGCAGUAGUGGAGGGUAUAAUUUUAGCUGGAAACUGUUACUGAGCCACCAGGUUUCUGUUUAAAGAAGAUUUGUUAGUACAGUGACUUAA